AUGGUGCGCUAUAAUACGGCUGUCAUAGCCCUCUUGAAGCGGAUGGGCCCUCGCAAAGAGCGUGGUCUCGGUCAACUCCCCGAUUCGCUUCUCCGAGAUGUGGCCCGCACGACCCAAAACAUGCUGGCACGGUUUUCUUUUGACUGGGAAAGCGAAAAAACGCACAGAGCACGAGAGGCACAGGCGGAAAAGAUGGCGGCAGGCAAAGGUGUGACGCACCUCGACCGAAUCCCAGAAUCGAAUAGGGUAUCUCUUGCAGCGCAAAUACCGUGCAUACUUCUCUUCCUGCAGCUCGCGCCACCGAAAUUGCACACAAGCUGCGCCUCCAUCCUGAGCCGCUUCGUGCUCUUCAGCAUUCCAGUGCGCGGUCGCUCACCACAAGCAAAUGCGCUCUUCACCGCCAUCAUCUCACACCUGCUUCCGCGCCCAUACACGGCGGUGCCGACAAUUAACCUGAUCAUUUCGGUCAUCACGGUUGGCGCCACUCGAAUUGCUGACAAUGAGGCCGAAAAGCUGAUGAGGCGAAAGUUAGCGAGUCGUGUACCAAAAUGGGUUCUUGAACAAAACGCAGAGGUGGAGGCGUGCCUGGCAGGACUGCCGCGGUGGCUCCAGGCACUUGUUCCCAAGGACGUCACAUUAGAUUUCGCGGAGAUCAUCGAUGAAAUUGCUCGGCGACUUCCACCAGCGGACGAAGGUCUGCCCGGUGACUACGUUGACGUCCUUGCUGCCCGCAAAGACGGGGAAGCUGCAAAGUAUGAGUAUGGCGUCGCGCUGAAGGCCAUGUACAACGAGUCCACGACAAACGCGGUGACACCCGCCGAGUUAUCGAUGUUAGUUCCGAAGCUACUUGAUUUCUCGGUGAAAUUCAACAGAAUGCGAGUUGCUGCUCAAAUAGCGCAGAAUGUGCGGCUGCUCGACUUUUCGCCACCAGUGAGUCACGAAACACUGUACUCCGCCUUCGCCUGUACGGCGCUGCGUGGAGCUCUGUCGAACCUGAGCCUGCUACGUCACACAGAGAAGAUCCUGGCAGUGCGACAACUCUCCCCGUACGAGUGGCUCUUCAUCAUAUCAAUCGUGACAGGCCGCGAAAAGGCGUGGGCGCCAACCGCCUACACGGCAAUGCGCAGCGCGCUGCGCAUUGCCGAGGAGCGACGCAGAGACGAAAUUGAAAGAAGCGGGAAGACUGAGCGAGAAGUGUCUCUGCUUGGGUCCAUGGACCCGAACAGGCGCCUCAUGCUGCUCGCACAUUACUCCACCGGUUUGUGUGAUCUACGCUUCAACGACGAUCUUUUCAGUGCCGCGCUAGAGUGCACGGAGCCUCUGAUACGAGAGUACUUCAGAGCACUUGAGGUAGACACGACCCCCUCGCUGAGAACACUCGAUUCGUCGUAUCGCAUCCGACAAAUGCUUUCCGUCGUGACCCGUGCAGAUAACGUGAGCGUAAGCCACGUUGGCGAGGAAUCGGAAGACAUGGCAGAUGAAAACGACGUCACUGCCGAGUGGACACGGGUGGAGGAGGCGAAGGCCACCACAGGCAACGCCACAAACUCCCUUUUGCGAGCGCUGGAGAAGUUCUUUGCUGAUCCAUCGUCCGCCUGCUCCUCCGCGGCUGUCGCACCGGCCACGUCUGUCCCCCAGAAGUGCCGCAGCGGUUUUGCGAGGACGAAUUUGCCAGACCAAAGAUGCGGUGCAGCAAUAGCGUUGGAGGGCCUUCCAACGGAUGAGUUAAUCCUGCGUAUGCACAUUGUGGAGUGCGCCAUCGUGUACUGCUUACAGCUGCACGAACAAAAAGCGAACCGUCACGGUGCAUCAAGUGAGCUGGUUGAACUGUCUUUGCGCUCCGCACGUCGUAUGCAGCGCAUUGUUGGUGUGCAGCUGCGGAACGUUUCGUCCAUCAUCCAAAGCUCCCAGUGGAAGUCGCAGGCAGCAAGCGUAGCCGGUGGGAUGUCUUCUGACACAACAGCUGAAACGGUGAUCGUGGAUGGUGUCAUGGGAGAGAAGAAGAGCCUUCAGCUAAGCUGGAUUACCAUGAAGCUACUCGUGGCGCUUACACUCCUAAAAGAUCUGAGUGCCGCGGCACGCGCUGAUGUCGCCUCCAUCGCUGCUGCUUUCAUGUCGGACUUUGCCAUUUUCAUGGACUCGAUAGGCGACCACCGUGCGCUGCCGGCCACUGUGAACCGCAGCAUUGCCAUGCUUCAUCGCUGGUAUGCAAGCCACAAAAACAUGCUGAAAUCAAGCGCGGUAUCAGAAGACGCGCCGCCGUUCCGUGACGCAGAUGAGAGCGCGCGGAAGGUAGUCCUGUCCUCCUUGGGAGUUGUGCAGCGGAUACUUCCAUCUCGCCACCAUCAGCGGCGGCUUACGGGUGUCGGGUCCGGACUGUCCUUCGGGUUUCACACAAAGUUGGUCGUUGUACGAGCGUUCGACUCCGCUUUGUCGAUGGCGCUCACAGUCAACAUGACGCUGGACGAGCUGCCGAACAUUUUUGACUCAAUGGAGAAAACGGUUGACACGGUUCGUGAAGCUUCGCAAAUGGCGUUGCAAGAGUCACCAUCCAACACGGAGCGCUACGAAGCUGAGAAAAAGCUGCGCAGCUCGUUGCUUCCGAAGCUGACGCACCUCCUGCACCACAUUUGCAUCCUAUCAAUCAACGACGAGUCGUGUCUUACUGUGGCGGCAGCCGCGCUGGAUGCGUGCGCUAGAGAGGACCAGAUCGCGUUCCUAUCGUGGAAAAAACGUGAGUCCAUCUUGAGCAUGACGUUGUACAUCUAUCGUGCCCUUGCCGAGCGUUUUGCGCACUCACGCGCAAGCCGUGACCUGGCGCACCAGAUUUUGAUCAUGGUGAGCCGCUUGGCUUUAGACCGUUUAGAGUACAAAGAAUACGAAUUCACAGUGCAGGGAGAGAAGAGGUGGCUGUCCGAGAGUGAGGUCGAACUGCGACACCUCGUGUGGGCGGUACUUAUCUGGCAGAUUUCGUGCGCCGUCGCCUCGACUUUUCUGCAGAGUGCACCCAUCGACAAGUAUCUGAGAGUCAUGCAUACGUACGUCAAGCGGCACUUUGUCAUAUCCAUGAGCGCGCAAGCAAUGGAAGAUUCGAGCAUUAUUGGGACGGAAGCGGAGCUAGAGUACUGCGAGCAGGUCCUCGCGGAAUCGGGGCCGUCUGCACGCUCGCUAAUCUACUGGGAGCCGGAAACGACAAAGAAGGCGGUGAUUCUGCGGUGCAACCUUGCCGUAAGGGAUGUCUUCUCAGCGAUGAAGUUCAUGGCUACCCUACUCUACAAGGAUUCGUCGACUUCCGCUAACCCAGCCUUCCGUGCGCGAUGGGUAAGCCAGAUGGAGCUAGCGUGUGGGCUGCUGAAGCAGUAUCAGCGGUGGAUCGCGCCGUCCGUUUGGUACUCUAUCUGGCGAGAGCUGGUUACUACUUCCAUUGUGAUGCGAAUAGGCUAUUUGAACUCUAUCCCGGUGCAAGAGGCCACUGAGGUGACUGCGCAGCGCCUGCUACUCUUCUCAAAGAUCCGCGACAACAAGGGAGUGUGGAUCCAUCCUCGCGGCUCGCACGCCGCUCCCUCGCAGGAGGAUGACGGUGCAGACGCGGGGACCUCUGCUGUGAAGAGGCACGCGGAAAGAGAGUCAGAGUUGAUUUCCUUUUCAGACGCUUCGCGAAUCUUUCAGGUGCAAGAGCGAUUGACAGACGUGAAUCUGCGUUUGUACCUUGCACAGCUGACAGAUCGACUGAGCCGAGAGCAGGAGGACCACGCGCUCAAUCAGGCAGACAGCAGGACAAACCUCGAAGGAGAGCGGCGUAUCCGACUUAACGGCCUGAGUGAAACACAAGCGGAGAUACAUGAGCGCAACCUGCGCACCGCACGCAUCAGCAUCCUCUUUACCUGCCGACGCAUGCGGUCGUAA